UUUGCAAGAGUCCCUCUGUUGUUUAGCAUAACAUUACAUUACAAAAAUUCCGCCACUGUUAUCGGUUGUGCCACCUGCAAAUUCGGUGCCUUUGGAGUCCAAGCUUAGGAUGCGGAUACGGUGAUACUGGAAACUAGCGGACAGCAUGCACUCCCACACAAACGAGUCAGCGGCGGCGUCGACGGCAACGGCGGGCGCGGUCACAAAUGGUGCUGUAGGAUCCGGUGGUGGUGCAGGCGGAACGCAUGGUAGCACGGAAGGCAAGAUUCGAUGCAUCUUUCUCAGCGAGUUCCAUGCAACGGCCGGCUGCAAGAUAAGCUGCCAGGUUCCCGAUAACUACAUAUCCAAGGAUGUGUUUGAUGCCAUAAACGUGUACAUUAUUCCCAAGCAGCAUCUUCAACGCUGCAUACUCACCGUCAAUGCAAUGGACGUUAAGAUUGUCGGCUAUCCGGUAGGCAUACAGGAUCAGCAGAAAUACGCCCGCAAUGCCUUCCUAUUCAAUCUGUGCUUUGUCUGCGAUUCGCGGGCUAGGAGCGUACAGUACGAGCCGGUUGUUAAGAAACUAUCCGAGUACCUCAUCAUGAUGGAGGAGGAGUCGUGCUUCCUGUCACGGGAAGACGACAAACGUCGCCUACAGAACAUCUUCGAGACGGUGCUGCGCGACCUUAACGAGCGCAAGGUGGCCACUAUUGUCGAAGGCGACAAUACUAUUUACCUGAAGAUCGUUAUGCACAAGCCGGAUCCUCCGCCGGUCAAGGAUCACAUGGUCCCUCUGCUGCUGGCCAAUCUGCGCGAUGCUCCAUUAGACAAUUGGGACCUGACCACGCAACAGAUCCUGCCUUAUAUAAACGGAAUCAAUCACGUUGCCCGGAUUGCAGCGGAAGCUGACGUGGAAACAGACCUAGUAAAGUCAUGCAUACAGAAUUUGGUUUACUAUGGCGUGGUCCAGCUGCUGCCCAUUCUCAAGUACAGCAACGUCUAUAUGACUCAAAACCUUAAGCAUCUCAUCCAAAGUGCGGCAUUGAGUGGCGCCUGCCGAAAAUAUGUGGCCCUGCGUCCGGAUAAGACGCUACCUAGUGUGCAGCGCAUCUUCCAGUUCUAUGCCUCGAUGACGCAUGGUGUCACCCUGCGAGCCAUUUGCCAGCGAUUGUGUCCACCGGAUCACAACAUCGAUGAACGGCGCAUGGUGAUCUUUGGGCUGCAGCACCGAUUUAUUCGAUGCAUCCAUAAAUACCCGGUGUUUACGGGUUCGGUGCCAUCCGGGCGGCAAAAGAUGUACACCGGCCUGAUCAGCUUCGACGAGAUCUGCUGCAAGACGGGCCUCUCGCCCUGCACCAUCGAGCGGGAUAUCGAAAAGGACACGAAUGUGACUGUGAUCUGGAAGUGACGACGGAUGAAAGGGCGGAGAUGACGCCGGGUUUGUUGUAGUUUGUAGGAAAAUAGUUUGUUAUGUUUCCAAUAGCUUUUUUAUAUACACAUAUAUACAAAUGAAAGGUUAA